AUGCAAAGAUUAAGCUCGUUCGCGCGGUCACUUAGUGGGGGUGGGAAGACUAAUGGAACCGCGAACUCAGACUCGAUUCCACAAAAUCAAACAAUAUUUCAAGGGUUUGAAUGGCAUCUGCCCGGUCCCGAGAAGCCAGAGCAACCCUCCCACUGGACUCUUCUCAAACAACUUUUACCCCAUCUGUCCGCACUAGGUGUAUCUCACAUAUGGUUACCGCCAGGUUGUAAAUCAACCAACGUCCACGACAAUGGGUACGGCAUUUACGAUCUGUGGGAUUUAGGUGAAUUUGAAGCCAAAGGUAGCCGCCGAACCAAAUGGGGAGUUCGCAAGGAAUUGGACGAUCUUUGCAAGGAAGCCAAUUGCCUCGGUAUCGCGGUUCUUUGGGACGCGGUCUUGAAUCACAAGGCCGCUGCAGAUGGCAAAGAGACCUCAAAUGGAAUCAAAGUGGAUCCUCGAGAUAGAAACAGGCAUAUCUCUCCCCAAAAGGAGCUCGAGACUUGGACGUCCUUCGAUUUCCCUGCUCGUGAAAAUCAAUAUUCCAACAUGAAAUAUAAUUGGAAGCACUUUUCUGGAGUGGACUAUGACUCCCGCACCAAGGACCAUGGCAUAUUUAGGUUUGUUGAGAAAGGCGAACAUGGAAACACCGAAUGGGCGCAAGAUGUAAGCCACGAGCUGGGAAACUACGACUAUCUGAUGUUCGCCGACCUGGACCACUCGCAUCCAGAGGUCCGCAAGGACAUAUUUGAUUGGGGAACUUGGAUUACCUCCGCUCUGGGCCUGGGAGGCAUGCGUUUGGAUGCAAUCAAACAUUACUCCUUGUCCUUUCUAAUUGAUUUGAUCUCGCACUUGGACCUUCAAAACAAGGAUUUGUUCUUUGUAGGUGAAUAUUGGGUGGCCGACUCGAAAAUUCUUCAAAACGUCUUGCGAGCAUUCAAUGGUCGAAUCAGCCUUUUCGACGUCCAACUGGUGUACAACUUGAGUGACUAUUCACAAGGCCGCAAUACCGAUCUAAGGAGACUAUUGGAAGGGUCUCUAUCAGAGCUGGAUCCCCAACAUGCUGUGACCUUUGUUGCAAAUCAUGAUACCCAGGAAUCCCAAUCACUGGCUGCGCCCGUCGACGAGUGGUUCGUCCCGUUGGCAUACUCUUUGAUUCUUCUCAGGCAAAAUUGCGGGAUUCCGUGUGUAUUCUGGGGCGAUGUAUUCGGCAUCAAUGGCCCAAGGCCUCGAUUGCCGGCGUGUGGUGGUAAACUAGCUCGCUUGAUUGCCGCCAGGAAGCUGUAUGCGUACGGUGCGCAAAUUGAUUACUUCGACUCCGUAGAUUGUAUUGGCUGGACGAGGAUGGGGCAUCCUUCAAAAGCAAACGGGGCUGGUCUCGCUGUUAUUAUGACUAAUAGUUGGGAUAGGAGGACGAAGCGGAUGAGUGUAGGCCCAGGACACGCAGGCCAGAGUUGGAGGGAUAUCCUUGGUUGGGAAGAUCGAUCUGUAUUGAUAGAUGGGAAAGGCUACGGAGUAUUUCCAGUUGGUCACCGAUCUGUUGGCGUCUGGACUGAUGAGCGGGCAACGGGCUUCGACAAGUUGAAGGAGUUCGUAUUUCCUCGGGUCGUAUAG